GAAAGUGUUAGCACGAGUGGUGGUGCCAGUUGAUAGUAGCGAAAACUUUAUUAAUAAUAAUACUUAUAUAUUCUUGAAUUUAAAUAAUAAUUAACUACAAAAAUGUCUGCAGUUACCAAAGGAAUUUACAUAGUUGCUGCUAAGCGUACAGCUUUCGGCACUUUCGGAGGUGCUUUGAAGAACAUUAGUCAGACACAAUUGCAGACGGUCGCAGCCAAAGCUGCACUAGAAUCUGCCGGAUUGCGCGGUGAACAAGUUGACACUGUGGUCAUUGGAAAUGUCAUUGCGUCUUCCUCUACAGAUGGCAUCUACCUACCACGUCACGUUGGUCUUCAAUGUGGUAUACCAAUUGAAACACCUGCCCUUGGCAUCAACCGCCUUUGUGGCUCUGGCUUCCAGUCCAUUGUGAAUGGCGCACAAGAUAUACUCCUUGGUAGUGCUAAAGUUGCACUCACAGGUGGUGUGGAAAAUAUGUCCCAGGCGCCAUUUAUUGCGCGCAAUAUCCGUUUCGGCACAGCAUUGGGCAGCAACUACAAUUUGGAGGAUGCUCUGUGGGCAGGACUUACUGAUACAUACUGCAAGUUACCCAUGGCUUUAACGGCCGAAAAUCUGGCAGAGCAAUACAAAAUCUCUAAAGAACGUGUCGAUGAAUUUUCACUCCGUUCACAACAAAAUUGGACAAAGGCACAAAAAGAGGGUGCCUUCAAUGCGGAAAUCGCGCCCAUUAAGUUGAAGGUGAAGGGUAAGGAAGUUGAUUUCGUAGUUGAUGAACAUCCCAGACCACAAACAACAAUUGAGGGAUUAGCUAAGCUGCCAUCACUCUUUAAGAAAAAUGGUACUGUCACUGCUGGUACAGCUUCGGGUAUUUGUGAUGGCGCCGGUGCUGUUAUUGUUGCUUCUGAGGAAGCCGUCAAGGAGUAUAAUCUCAAACCAUUAGCACGUCUGGUCGCCUAUUCAUUCGUUGGAGUGAAACCUGAAAUUAUGGGAUUCGGUCCAGUGCCAGCCAUUCAAAAUGUGUUGAAAGUUAGUGGCAAAAAAUUGGAGGACAUUGACUUGAUUGAGAUUAACGAAGCGUUUGCCGCACAAACACUUGCCUGUGCUGACGCGCUGGGUUUGGAUAUGUCGAAGUUGAACGUUAAUGGAGGCGCUAUUGCCUUAGGCCAUCCUUUGGGAGCCAGUGGCUCACGAAUUACUGGCCACUUGGCGCACCAGAUGCAGCAAAAGAAAUUGAAGUACGCAAUUGGUUCGGCGUGUAUUGGUGGUGGUCAAGGCAUUGCCCUAUUGUUAGAGUCUGUUUAAAAAUAAAGCUGUGAAAAUGAGACUAUAAUAUUGCAUUUAGCUCUUUCCCUUUUUACUAUUCCCUUAUUGGAGUAAAUUAUGUAUGUAGCUCUAAGCAUUAAUUUUUAUAAACCGUAAUAUUGAAAUCAAAAUUAAAUUAGAAUUAUUAAAAGAAAUUUAUACUCGUA